CUUAACAGCAUGGCAAACUUCGAGCAUGAAGACGACCCAAAACACGUGAAUAUGUCCGGUGAGUCUCCCGCUGUGUCCGCCCCGGCCCCUCCGGCCCAGCUGUCCUCUGUCCCGGACAAGCCCGCGGACGCGGUAACGUGUUCGAUCCCGUCGUUCGCCGCCGCCUCGGAGUUGCUGUCCGCGCCGUACUCGUGCCUGGUCAUGAACACGCACCGCAGACACCUCGCCCUGCCGCCGAUGUACCUCAAGAAGAAGAAGACCGGUAUCCGAGAGGAGCUGGAGACGGAGCUGCUGAAGUUCUCUCAGAGACUGAACGGUGUGCCAUUAGCAUAUGACAACGUGAGAAUAGUGGGCCAAGCAGGAGACAUUUACGACGACAGCGGCUACAUUCACAUGGACAUAGAAGCCUCCUUCAUCCUGUUUCAGCCCCAAAAGGGACAGAAACUGCUGGGCAUGGUGAAUAAACUGGGUUUAAGCCACGUGGGCUGUCUGGUGCACGGCUGUUUCAACGCCAGCAUCCCCAAACCGAACCUGGUCACCGUGGAAACGUGGAGGGACUUUGGGCCCAGGAUCGGGGCAGAGCUGGAGUUCGAGGUGAUGGCGCUCGACGCGGACACUGCGGGAGUCCUGCUGAUCAGAGGACGGCUCAGCAAGACCAGAGUCCAAGAGAUGCUGGCUCAGGGUGAGAGCGGAGAGUCCAGCGUGCCUGUAGACCAGACAGACGCAGACGACACAAACCCCACAACAGAACCCAGCCAGGAGUCUCCCGACGACACCCCAAAGAAGAAGAAGAAAAAGAAGAAAGACCGGGUAAAGGAGGAGGAGAUUGAGGAGGAGAUGAGCUGCACAACGCCCGACCUGAACGGAACGACGGACGAGGUGAACGGAGGGGAAGCUGCUGAGAAGAAGAAGAAGAAGAAAAAGAAAAAGGAAAAACACAUAAAGGAAGAGGAGGAAGAGACGGAGAUCUUGCCCACGGAGGUGCAGGGGAGCGACUCCAGCGGUUACCAGAGCGACAAGCCGAGCAAGAAAAGGAAGCACGAAGCUGGUGGUGAAGAGGCGGAACCCCCUAAAUCAAAGAAGAAGAGAAAACAUGAUGUCGAGCAGUUUGCAUGAAAGAAAUGAGGGUGGAUUGACGCUCUAAAUCUGAUGAAGUCUGUCAGAAAAUUUCAUUGACAGCAGAGGUGCUGAGAGGCCUUGUGAAGUAGACCCGACUUCAAAAACGGACUAGGAACAGACUUUUGAGGUCGUUUCUGACUGGACUUGUAACUGCAGCGCACCGCCUGCUGGUGGUGUGAAACUGCUUCAUAUGAUAAAGGCAGGGACACACUCAAACCUUCAGCUUCUGGAUUUCAUUGGUUCAGGCCAGAAGAGACGACUCCUUCAGAUUUAAUGUGAAAAAAUUAGGACUUUUUCACUUUGCUUUUUGUUGUUGAAGGUUCGUCUUUUUUGGACAUAAAAUAACAAAAAACAGGUGAAUCCGCUGCUCAGGCUGUCAUUCAGUUGUGCCUUCAGACAAUACCAGCCGAUACCGUAUUGAUGUGACUUGUACUGUGUACAGUUCAUUGAGUUCAAGCACAGCAGUGAACGAUCAAGGCACUCAUGAACUGACAGUGCUGCUCCUUCUUUUCUGGACCUGUUGGUGACUUUGCAACCAAAGGCA